GUAGUCUAGUUCUGUCAGAUAUUGUAGAUAGCGCUGCAGUCAACGUACUAACACUUAACACGACAGAUUGUUAGCUCCGAUGUGAGUUUAUUUAAAAAUUCGAGACGAGAAAUUAAACGCGUAAUCAUCGUCGUCCAUACAAGUGGAAUUUUCGUGAUAAAGGAGUGAGAAGAAGAUCGAGCGAAGGACAGGGCACUCGAAAGUCAGGAUACGAACCUGAUCCAUCUUAAGCGCGGUGGGCCGCCGCGCUGGUGGGCCUAGCAGACGACAUGUUGGCUGCAGGGAGCACCUCGUCUCGGAUGUUUUGGCCGCGAAUUUCCUCGGGGAUUCUUGAGUGAGGAAAGUGAGCGAACGCGGUGAAAGCGAGGUGGUGAGAGAGUAAAAUUACUCGAGGGUGUGUGCGAGAGAGGGCACGCGGUUGGGUUCCCCGAGUGGUGGUUGUGCCGUGGUCGUCGACGAGAAGCCUGCGGAGAGGGGUAGAGACUAGUGAGCGGCGGGGAGGGGGAACCCGGACGAGCCCUCGAAAAAUUGAGGAGUCAAGGAACGAAAAUUAGAGAAAGAAGAAAAAGAUACGGACGGAUCCGUGCUGCGUACGGGCUUUUCUUCGUGGGUGAAACUUCAGUAACGAGGAGAUCGUUGGAAGAAAAUUGGAAAAAAAGCAUAGAAGUGAGAGCAUAGAAAAAGCGAAGAAACUUGGUCGGUCGCAUACAUUAUCUUCCUUAUCUACAGGAGCUGUCGAUUCGCGACUUUCUUCAAUUUACUCGAAUAACGAGCUAAGCAGCGCACCGGAGCCGAUCUAUUUUAACUUCUCGUUGUUCUGUCCGAAGGGUAGGGGCCUGCGAGGCGAGGCGAGGUCGAGCUGUCGUGUACACGCGUCCGAGUCCCUUCCUCUUGAAACGAUUUCGCGUGUGUCUCGUGUUCGCGGGCCAUCACAGGAGGCGCAUCGGACAGUGCACGUCAACCUAUUAUCCCAGUCCCGAUCUCGCUCCCACUCUCGAAUGCUCGUCGUGCCUCGUGCGUACUCCCUCUAUCGCAACCUGCCGCGAGACACUCGCGGCCGGUUUCGCCAGUGUUAAACGGAAGAUUCGGAAGUGGUUCGGUCGUCUUUUAUAUUAUCGGUAUUUUCAGUUCGCGUACCACCGUUUUAGUUGUGCUCAAGCUCGCUAUACAACUCGCCCACUUUCUUCCUAGUGGAUCAAUUUGUUAUCGGGCCAGGUGUCACGACCCGAGGAACGUCGCCUCGACACGACUGAUCGCCCUCCUACGACUAACGACACAUUCGGCGUCCACACAGAGCAGCAUUAUUCUGUAUCAUCGUCGUCGUCGUCGUAUUUUCUUAAAUACAUACAGCACCGUUCGAGUGAUCCAUCGUGUUGGACCACCAGCAGCACUGUCGAUCGUGUGUAGCUAUGGUUUCGCGGGCAGUGCAAGAUAGUGAAAAAGAAGCCGUGAAGUGAACGUGUUUUGUGUAUAAUAUAAUAUUUAAUCGAAAAUCAAGAUACGCGUAGUUGGUGUUCGAAACGAAGAGAUAAAGUAAACUCGCGACGGGCAGAAUAAGGAGACGGAGGAGGAGGAGUACAAAGGGAGGAAGAGAAAAAAAAAGAUAAAAGAGAGAAGGUCGGGACGAGAGAGCGAUCCGCGUAACCGAUAGUGGGUGGAAAAGAGAGAGUUCGAUAGAAGGACGAAGCUUUGGUUGUAAGCGCGACGGUGAUAGAUAAGUAUCGAGUGACAGACACGGCCGGAACGAAGGAACGAACUCGUAGAUAGAAAAUACCGUGGAAAAGGGAGUGAAUCUCCGCGUAUCGCGGAAGAGAGGUUGGUACUUAUCGAACGUCAGAUUCACGCGAGAUAAACAACACGCGUCGCCGGUAGUGCUCGUACCACGAGCUGUACGCUCGGGGAGUAGUGGUGAUAUUUCUCUGAACCAAGAACAACAGAGAACAACAGAAGUGGAAGGGAAGAGCGAAGAGGGUGAGCCGCGCGUGUCUCUCUCGUGGUGUGUCAUGGGGUGUUUCGGCAGCCAGAGCAGUAAGGCCAGCCAGGAUGACAGCAAGAACCAGAAGAGGCGCUCGGAUGCCAUCACCAGGCAAUUGCAAAAGGAUAAGCAAGUUUACCGAGCUACUCACAGGCUCUUAUUACUCGGAGCAGGAGAAUCCGGGAAAAGCACGAUCGUCAAACAGAUGAGGAUAUUGCACGUGAACGGUUUCAGUGAAGCGGAAAAGCGGCAAAAAAUCGAGGACAUUAAGAAGAAUAUCAGAGACGCGAUACUGACGAUCACCAGCGCGAUGGGCACGUUAACGCCACCCGUCGCUUUGGAGGAUCCAGCGAAUCAGAGUAAAGUCGAUUAUAUCCUGGACGUCUCGUCCUCACCGGACUUCGAUUAUCCCCCGGAAUUCUAUGAAAUCGUGGAAACGUUAUGGAAGGAUCGGGGCGUGCAACAAAGCUUCGAGAGGAGUAACGAGUACCAGCUGAUCGACUGCGCCAAAUAUUUUCUAGAUAAGGUAGCCAUUGUUAAGCAAGCGGAUUACACCCCCACAGAACAGGACAUUCUCAGGUGUCGAGUGCUCACGUCCGGUAUCUUCGAGACACGGUUUCAAGUCGACAAAGUAAACUUUCACAUGUUCGACGUCGGUGGUCAACGAGACGAAAGGAGAAAGUGGAUACAGUGUUUUAACGAUGUGACGGCGAUUAUAUUUGUAACAGCGUGUAGUAGUUACAACAUGGUGCUCAGGGAGGACCCGACGAAAUUGAGACUCCGAGAGAGUCUGGAUCUGUUCAAAAGCAUCUGGAACAAUCGGUGGCUCCGCACAAUUUCCGUAAUCUUAUUUUUAAACAAACAGGAUCUAUUGGCGGAAAAGAUAAAAGCCGGCAAGCACAAAUUAGAGGACUAUUUUCCAGAUUUCGAGCGGUACAAGACACCGGUCGAACCAGGGGUAGUAGCGGAUCCCUCGGAACCGCCUGACGUUAUAAGGGCCAAGUACUUCAUUAGAGACGAAUUCCUUCGUAUAAGCACAGCAAGCGGCGACGGCAAGCACUAUUGUUAUCCGCACUUCACAUGCGCCGUCGACACAGAGAACAUCAAGAGAGUGUUUAACGAUUGUCGGGACAUCAUUCAACGGAUGCACUUGCGUCAGUACGAGCUGUUGUGACUUCGUUCCUGCCGACGUGUCGUCCUGUUCUCGUCUAUUCGUAUGAAGAUCACUAUGGUAUCGUUGCGGCUCGAGCUAACGCGAGUCUACAAGCUUCUUGUCGUACGAUGGCCGAUCGAAAUUUUUUAUCGCGAUCUACGACGAUUUUGAGUUGCGUUGGAACUCUUCUUCGCGUGUCUGAGAUCGUUCGGCAUUCAGAGAAUGAAAUGAUACGUUACGCGUCGAAGGAUCCUCCGUACGAGAUACACCGUUUUGUGGAUCGAACGACUCCGAAGUCGAUCGUUCUUCUUCUUCGACGAAGAUUCCACGGAGAAACGUUGAUACGCAGCGGUUGAGGGUUACCUAAAACAAAAUCUCGUCCCGCGACAGAGGAUACACUUCUUCUCCUUUUCUUUUAUUUUUUUAUUUAUUUUUUCUUUUUUUUGCACAGAAUCGCUUUAUUAUAUCGUCAUUGGUGUACAAGCAAAACAACAAUGCCCCUCCUAGCGUUUAACGAUUCUACACACCAAAACGUGCGUCUCGACGAAAGAUAUUUCAAAUCUCUCGGGCAUUUCUCGAUCACUCGACUCCUUGAUUUUUUUUUUAUUUUUUUUUAUUUUUUUUUUUUAAUUAGGUUUCGGCGUACAGUGUGCUGAACGUGGGAAUACAACGUUCGUUGCUAAUAGAAACACGUGCAAUUUUAAACUAAUUACCUCGUUAAUUUUUAUUCUAAUUACGCAUCAAUUCGUUGAUAAGCAGAGCGUAUGAACGUUCGUUACGCGACGUCGACGUGUUCACCAAGUGGAUAUCCACGACGAUCGUGCGGAAACGGCUCUUUAGUUUCGUCUGGCACACUCGUCGCGUUUAUUGUGUAUCGUUCAGAUUUAGUAUUAAGAAACGUUUCCUAAGACUUAGGUAAUUGUCUCUGAUAAAAAGUCCUUAUCGUUGAUAACGUUUUCUUUUACUCGUUUCUCGAAUCUCUAUCUUUUUCUCCUCGCCCCCACUCACCCCCUUGUCAAACGAGAUCUUCUUGCAGAAAAAAAAAAAAAAGAAAAUUAAUUUUACCCAACCUUCCGAAUCUCCAGUUUAAAUCGCAUUGGCCCGAUCCGUAGGAGUCUUUCAGCCGCAUCUUUUUACAAGAAGAGUAUUUUGUGAGAUUUUACAGUAUUUCGACGAGCGUUUUAAUUGUAUAACUAUGUAUCAAAUAUGUACAGGGUGACCGUCCACGGAUUCAUGUUUUUUAUGUACGUUUCCUAUCGAAUAUCGAGAUUCCUCCACCCGAUAUCGUUUCUACUGAUUUCCAUUGAGACUACUUUUAAUUCUCGUGUACUUAGGGCACGUUGUUCUCGUUGUAGCUACUGUCUCUACAUGUUGAAUCCUAAACAACAAUCUGCAAAGAAGGAUGUUGUGCCACGUUUGAAGAAAAAAAGAAAGGGAUAAAGGUGUUGAUUUUACACGUACACUCUAUUUGACUAGCGGUUAGGCCCCGACAUUUACAAUCAAACUAUCGUUGAUGUAACGUUACAACAUACCAGAAAUUAUAAUAUGUUGCUUAUUCAUUCGACUCUCAUAACGCAAAGUCCUGGGUCACUCGAGUAGAGCACGCUUCAUGGUCCCGAACGUUUAUAAUACGGAUAACGUGUACAGGAUGUUGAGAAAGUGAUAGUCGUUGAUUUCAGAAGCGAUUCUCCACCUCCGAUGUCUUUUAUUCAAUGGUUUCAUUGGUUCAGUUUUGUUCCUCUGAUCAUUCACCGUGAUGCGAAGAAUUACUCGCGAAUAUCACGACUGAGACUUUGUCAUCGAUCUUGUAAAAAUCUGAAUCAUUCGGUAAUCGGUUGUCAUCGGUACUCCUUUAGGAUUAAUAUCCUGAACCAACCAUGCGAUGUUGCGAAUUUCUUAUCUCAUGUAUCUUUACUAUUUGGACACCCUGUAUAUGAUAAGUCUCCUAUUCAUUUUUCUCGAAUUUUAACUGUAUUUUAUUUAUUUUUUUUUUUCAUUUUUUCUUUUCGUUUCAUACUACUAGAUCCAGCGGACGAGAUGUUUCUAUACACAUGUGCGAAUUGUUUCGAACAUAUGGUACAUGAAUAUAAAUUCUCAUUACAAAUUCAUAAACAAUUUAAUACGGGAUUAAAAAGAAAAAGAAAAGAAAGGAAAAUACAUCUGUAAGGAGAGUCAGUGGUGCAGGUAACUAUCUCGUAUCCGCUGGAUCGAGUGCCAGUUACCGAUCUGUGUAACGUCUACUUUUAAUUAAUAGAUAACGAGAGUUUAACGUGAAAUUAAACCGAGUAAAAUAAGGAAAUACGAAUUAAGCCACGAUCCGAGAAGGUUUUAUGUGACAUGACGUAAAUAUAUUGGGGCAUCCGGUCUUACUAUCCUUAUUAUCGUCUUGUUCUAAACUCGAUCACGUUCGCUCCUUUUUAUAACAAAGAUUAUUUAUUUGUAACGCAACAUGGAGAACAGAAGUAUACAUCUAAACCAUUGUCUGUAUAUUUGAUUCUUUUUAUAUGCUUCUUCAAAGAUCUGUGUAUCAAGGGUGCUAUGAUAGAAUUCUAUUUAUUUAAAUGGGCAAAGAUUUGUGUUAACCAGAUAUUUGGUAAAAUUUUCUUUAGAUAAACAGAGUUCUCCCAUCAGCGCCUCUUUCUCAAUCGUCUCGACAAAUUUGAUGGCAUCGGUCAUUUUAUAUUUCACUUGUUUCAAUGAUGUUUCCAGUCUGAUCGUAAUUAAACAGAUGUGACUGUUGAAACGAUGAGGAUAGAAAUUCCGGACAUUGCAUAACGAUUACUCCGUAAAUGCUAACGAGCCCACACCUCUCCUCCUCCUGUUCCUCCUUCACGAUCGUAAUGUACUCUCGUGUAACCGAUAUCAAUGUAUGGGCCCGUUGUAUGCAUACCACACACACAUACACAUAUUAAUUAUAUGUAUACCUGUCGUACUAAUAUACAUAAAUUGACAAGCCAUAGUUUGUAAAACGGUAUUUAUAAACUUUACCAAGUGUUAUUUUUACUGUGAAACCGAUUACAGAUAUUGCGAGAGUGCAAUGGAAUGCGAGAGAAAAGCGAGCCUGUUCUCGGCGAUGGUAAUAUCGUUACCUAUGUCGAUCAAGAAAACUUCCGUGAAACUUUGAAUGUUCACUACCCCCCAGCACAAACAGACGCGAAUCAUCGUAAUCGUGUGUACUGCAAGCCGUAUGAACGAGUAUCGUGUAACUAGUAUUGUUACGAGUAUUCUUAUACUACCGCUACUACUAUCACCAUGAAUUUUCUUUCUUCGUUUCGUUGCGUUUCUUUUCUUCUGACAGAGAUAAGCGAUUAUUCUGAUUUCGAAUGGCGUUUGAUAACGUAGGAUAACGAAGGAUGAAGCUACGAGUGCAUUGGCAAACGGUGUUGAUGCGAACAAUGUUGCGGUUGGUACAGAACUUUUCACUCGAAACGACUCGAGUCGUGAACAAUGAAUCAUAACCUAUUGUAUCAUUAUUUUCGAUGUAUCACGAUGCAUCAUUCGACGCUUGCCAAUGUACAAUCAUGUGCAAUGAUGAGAAAAAUAGCUGCCCGUGAAAUCAUUGUCCCUGUUAGUCUAACAGACGGUGGCAAUAACACACACGAAAGAAAGAAAGAAAGAAAGAGAAAGAUAAGAAUGAAACAUUUGCUAUUAUUACCUGUGUUGAAUGUAAAGGGAAAAUUCGUGAGUGUAAAUUAUAAUCGAUUGUGUUUUGUGUGUGUGUGUGCGCGCGCGUACGUGAUCGAACGAAAGAAACGGAUAACCGAAUUAAAAUAACCAUUUUACGUGGCCACGAUUAUACCGAUUAUACAUAUACAUACAUUAUAUACAUAUAUAUAAUUAUACAUAUUGUAUACAUACGCCGAUCGCACAAGUUUUUUUCUUUUUAUUGUACGUACAAUGUGUACCAGGCAUGUGAAUAUGUACAUGUAAAAACUAAAGCGGUGCAAGUAAUUAUUAUUUGUAAAUACUACAAUGGCAGAUUCGUGUGAACAUAAAAAUGCAAAUGACGACGUAUCGAUAGAUUGACGAAGUUAAAUAUUGUAUUUACGUGUACAUGGCAAAAAUUCAUGUCUUCUCUUGGAAGGAACAGGUAUAGAUGAAUGGAAUCUCUACACCUUUCCCUACCAAGAGAAGACAUCGAUCACUCGCCGGGUGUACAUUUAUUGAUACGAAUCGCGCGUUACGCGGUAAGAUCGAUCAGUUUACGUUUUCGAUCUCGUCGAUCGCGAACGACGAUACGUUUUCAUUUAAAGAUCCCUCGACAACCGUCUCGAUCAUUUAGCUACUGUGCGCGUGCAACGUACGAAACUUGGUUUUUAUUUUCGUUCGAAUUCGAACGGCUCCGCUGAUGAUUUACAAGAGAACGAUCCUCCUCGUUUCUUUGCGAUUACGAUUGCACGACGCGAAUUUGAGGAAAUUGAGCGCGUCGUCCACCAAGUCGAAAUUAUUGCGUUUAGUCAAAGAAUUCUUUGUGGACCACGUUGCUGUGCAUGGGAGAUAGAACGAGAGAGUAUUGCCUUAAAAAGCGAAAGUCAGAAAGUAGACUGGACGCGAUCUGAAUCGUCGUAAUGAAAAGUAAAACACUGCUGGUGAUUAUUACCGAUACUAAUUAACUGGCAGUGUUCUUGAUUUCUUAAUCAGAUCGCUAAACGACGAUUCGAGGUACAGGGAAUGAACGAUAUAGAAAAAAAUGGAAAUGAAUAAUAAAUGUAUAGAAUUAUUAAUCAAUGUAUUCAAGAUUUUAGCUAAAGUAUCAAGUAAAUACAUAACAGUGUUUACUAUUCGUAGUAAAUCGAUUCAUUUACCGGAUAAUCCAUACAUUGGCUAAUAAGAAUACAUAUUUAUUAUAAAAAAAUAAAUCUCGAUUCGUUACGCGUUUCCGAACGAAAAGCCACGAUACGUCUGCUGUUAGAUAAAUAACGUUCGCGUUUAUGUUAAGGAUACAGAGUCAUUUAUUGUGAUCGUCUUAUCGUUACACUGUUAUUCGAUAAUGAAAAGAAAUGAAUUGUCUUUACACGGUCAGAUUUUAUUGAAACGGAUAAUGUAGUUAUAUUAUUAUUAUUAAUUAUUGUCGUCGUCAUUAUCGUCAUCUUGUCAUCGUCAUCAUCAUCGUCAUCAUCAUUCUCAUGAUCGUUAUUGUCGUUAUUAUAAACCUGUUAACCGAGUCAUUUUUCAAUCGGAAAGGAGUCAUUUCUCCUUCUCAACUGUGUAACAAGAAGUGAAUAAAGUAGAACCGAUUUAUCUUCUACGCAACAUACGUAUUUUUCUUCGUAAUUAAAGCGUAACGAUGCAACAAUUUGUUUGCGUAUAUUCGCUCGAACGACGGGUUAAUACGUUCCCAUGGGUCAUUUCGAUUAACCCACGAACGGCGGUGCUGGGUCGAUGAUCGUGAUCCAGAUAUAUACACCCGGUGCAUCGAUCAUUGAUUAAACACUCAAGUUUGCGUUUGUGAUAUAAUUUUUGAAUCUAGUUUGAAAAAUUCGCACGAUAAAGGAACGUAUUAACUCGUCCUUCUCGGUUAACAGGUUAAAUGUUGUCAUUAUUAUUGUGAUCAGCGAUUACUUCUGUAAUCAUUGUUAACGAAAAGCUAUCUCCAGGGAGAAAAAAUUCUGUGCAAUUUAGAUCGAUGUAAUUUAUUUAAAGGAUCAUAUGCGCAGAGAGCGAAACGAUCGUUCUGAAAGUUAAAAUUAUUCAAUCGAUUAAUCAAACUCAACAAGAUCAAUCGAUAUAACGAUUAACGUUCUAAUAAAUGUCGAUGCGUUUUUCAUACGCAUACGCAGACAUUCAGGUGCGUAUUUUUAUUUCUUCGCGAAAUUAAUUCCAUGACCAGAAAGAAAAAAAAAAGCGUCGUUUAUUAAUUAUUUGCUCUGGUUCCGUCAUUCGAGGGUGUAAACGAAAGUGGUCUUUUACAAAAAAAAAAAAAAAAAAUCAUGCACGUUCAUUUGUUUCAAAUAACCGAAGCUUAUCAUUUCUAUGUCAGCUUUUCACUACGCAACAUCCUUAGCGGUAAAGUAGAAUUAAUUACUUACGUCACAUCAUUAUUAUCGUCUGUCUCUCUCGAAAGAUACAGACACGUUGCGUUCGUGAUUAACGAGCGUCUAAUUAAACGAUCGCGUAAACGUGUACGAUCCUACCGUAGGUAAAAUGUCAAAGAAACAUAGUAUCAGGUUGUUGCAUAUCAAACGUGCAAAGUAUAAAUAUAAUUUCAUGACAGAAAAGUAUCGUCAAAUAUCACUUAUGCCACAUCAAUUCGAAGCUUAAAGUUUCACCUUUCGUUGAUAUUCUUAAUACAAAAAUGGCUGGUUGUCAAUUAUAUCAAACCAUGGACGUUCUAAUCAAACAUUUCAUCUGCAACAACCUAAUAUCAUUUGUGGUGCAUUGAAUUAUCUUUAAUAGCCUUUUCGAGUUUACGAAUAGGUACCAAAAAAAGGACAUAAAUGUUCCAUUGUCUUCUAUCUGAUAACAUCUACAACCGUUGUGUAUCAUGGUUCCCGAUUGUGGAUCGUGCCUUUCUAUAUAACUUCUCUACAAACCGUGUUUCGUUCGUUCCUCGUGAUUGAUAAAAGAAAAAAAAAAAAAAAGAAAUCAAGAUUACUUUAACUCAUAGAAAAUAGAGAGAGUGAUCUUACGUUGACGAAACGCUUCGAUUCAUUUCACGAUGUGUAACUAAUCUCUUCUUUAGUUCUAUCAAACGACUGCCUCAAUGUAAGACCACUUGUUGUUGUUUUUAUUUUCUGUCGAAUUAGAUGAAAUAAUAAAGAAAGAACAAGAGAAAGAAGCUACUUGUGCCUCGAGCGCGCCAAAACUGUCCUAUUCGUUAAGUAUAAAAAUAGAGGGAAAGAAGAGGAGCCAAACAAUGGUCUCUUGCCACACGUAUUCUAUUCGAAGUAAUUUCUAUGAAAAAUAUAUGUGUACGGUGAUCGAUCGUCGAUCCGUUAUCCGGAAUCGAACGUUUCUUUUUUUCUAGUCUUCGGAUCUUGUUCGCUAGGAUCCGGGAAAAAGCUUCUCUGAGGAGCAAACGGAAACAAUGAUGAGCGUUCGUUUAACUAUGGUUUCCAGGUGGAAACUGGCGAACAUUUAAUUGGAAUUUUUCAAAGAAAGAAAAAAGCACUAGACGAAGUUGUAUCGUUGAUCCUAGCGAUGAAAGGAAGAACGACGAGAGGAUCACUUAAUUGUUCGUGAAUAAAUAUGUAUCCACGUAAUAGAGAACGAGAAUAUGAAACUUUAAAAAAAAAGAAAAAAAAACACAAAAAAAAAAAAGCGAGAGAGAAAAGAAGAGUUACCAGCUCGUCGAUAAGUAAUGUCCCUCCAGUCCAUCAUCAGCAUCCCUCUCUCGAUACACCCGUGUUUUUCUCCCUUAAUUCUUAAAUGAAUUCGUUGUUGCGUGUCUCUCUUGUUAGAAGUAACGUUUAGCCGAAGACUUAUACGAAUGGAAAAGAUAAAAGAUCGUUGAACAAUUGUAACAUUCGAUAUUGCGUUGAUCAUACGAGCGAGUGCGUGGAAAAAAAAAAAAGAAAUGAAACUAUACGUGAUGUAAAUGAAUAAAUAAGAAAAGGAGAAAAAUUCUUUAGGAAAAAUUGAAAAUUGAAUGUUGUCCGCCCCAUGAUUUCUCGAAUCACACCGCGUGUUCUUACGCGGGAGAUAUUUUCUUUUCUCUUCGUUUCAAGCGUUCAUGAUAAAACUGCACAAUUAAAAAACAAACGCAGACACACAUACAUACAUAUACACAUUAUUGCGUACAAUGCAAUCAAACGAAAAAAAAUAUAUUAAUGGUUACUAUAUGAAAUACGCGAACGGGUAUUAAAUCACCUGAGUCGUUUAGUUGUCCAAGCUACUUAAGUAAAAAUCGUGGGGUGGACGUGUAGCAUAUACGAUAAACUGAUAUACAUAUAAGUACAUAAAUAAAUAAAUAAAUAUAUAUAUUAUACAGGUUGUCUCAGAAAAAAUGUACAUCGUGCAAACUACAAAUUCUUGAUGAAAAAAGGGAUCGAAAAGUCCUUUGCUAUUUUGUAAUCAGCGAUUUUAUUUAAGAGAUAUAAGCGAUUUAAAAUUGGAUACAUCACUUCCGGUAUGCUCUGUUUAAAUUUAGGCGGCUGAUCACGUGGUCCAAGUCACGUGUUGUGAUGGGUACUUUAAAUUUAAUUUAGUCCAGUCACUGCUAAAAUUAUAUUAAAACUGAAGCAUUAAAUUAACAAGGUAAUUAAUUAUCAUUGUUUUGCGUGAAUGUAUUUUCCCCAACGAUCAGCUACAACCUAAUUUUUCAACAACCUAUCAUUCAAUUUUUAAAUACGUAUAUCUUACAAAUAAAGUCACAAAUUAUAAAGUGGUAAAGGAAUUUUUUUAUCAUUUGCCAUAAAAUAUUUGCAGUUUCCACGGUGUUCAUCCUUUUUGAGGCACUCUGUAUAUAUUAUAUAAAUAUAAUUUAACCGAGUUAAAGCGAUCGAGUGAAACUUUUCGAAGUGUGUGUUAUCGAGCGUGCCAUUUUAAGAGAGAGAGAAUGGUGUGAACGACUGUAAAUGUGUUUUUAGAUUACAAGAAACAGGAAAAAAAAUAUUUCAUUCUCAUUCUGUGAUGAUUGUCUGAAUAUAAAGAGAGAGAGAAAGAGAGAGAGAAAAAAGGAAAUGUUUUCA